UGGUUCGUUUCGCCCGGAGCAGUUGGCCGCCUCCCUCCUCCGGUUUUUGUUGGAGCGGUUGGCCUCGCUCCACUUUUUCUCCCGCCAUAUUUGUGCCCCAUUCCUACGCCCCACCCCCCUCACCUGCCCUCUCUACUCCAACCCCGACUUCCCCAUCCGAUUCGAUCAGAGGAGCGUUGCAGAUCGAUCGAGAUGCCGCCGAGGACGUGGAGGCCCGUGCUGGCGUCGGCGACCAGGUGCUGCGCGGCGGAGGACGCCGUCGUGGUGGAGGCGGCGGCGGGGGGCGGGCUGGCGCGGUGCAGGCCCGCGCGCUCCGAGUUCUCCCGCCGCCUCGCCUCGUUCCGCAAGCUGUCGUCGAUGACCAACAGCCCGGCGUCGUCGUCCGCCACGCCGGCGGGGGAGGAUAGGGAGGAGGAGGUCGGGGCGGGCGGCCCGCUGCAGCUCUACUCCUUCAGCUUCUCCGAGCUGCGCGCCGUCACGCACGACUUCUCCAGCAGCUACCUGCUCGGGGAGGGCGGGUUCGGCGCCGUGCACAAGGGCUUCGUCGACGCUGGCAUGAGGCCCGGCCUCCUGCCGCAGCCCGUCGCCGUCAAGCAGCUCGACAUCGCCGGCCUCCAGGGCCACAGGGAGUGGCUGGCGGAAGUGAUCUUCCUGGGGCAGUUCCGGCACCCGCACCUGGUGAAGCUGCUGGGCUACUGCUGCGAGGACGAGGAGCGCCUCCUCGUCUACGAGUUCAUGCCGCGCGGCAGCCUCGAGAACCACCUCUUCAAGAGGAUAUCGGCGACGCUGCCGUGGGGCACGCGGAUCAAGAUCGCCAUCGGCGCCGCCAAGGGCCUCGCCUUCCUCCACGGCGCCUCAACUCCGGUCAUCUACCGCGACUUCAAGGCCUCCAACAUCCUCCUCGACUCGGAGUUCACGGCGAAGCUGUCGGACUUCGGGCUGGCGAAGAUGGGGCCGGAGGGUUCGGAGACGCACGUGACGACGCGGGUGAUGGGCACCCACGGCUACGCGGCGCCGGAGUACGUGAUGACGGGCCACCUCAACAUCAAGAGCGACGUCUACAGCUUCGGCGUCGUGCUCCUCGAGCUCCUCACGGGCCGCCGCGCCAUGGAGCACGUCCGGGGCAAGAGCCUCCACGCCGACCAGGUCAUCAAGAUCGUCGACUGGACCCGCCCUUACCUGGGCAGCAGCCGCCGCCUCCGCUGCAUCAUGGACCAGAGGCUCGCCGGUCACUACUCCGUCAAGGGCGCCCGCGCCGUCGCCCACCUCGCCGUGCAGUGCACCAGCCCGCAGCCGCGCGACCGGCCCCGCAUGGCCGCCGUCGUCGAGGCGCUGGAGCGGCUGCAGGGGUUCAAGGACAUGGCCGUCACCGUCGGCCUCUGGCCCACCAACACCCCCGUCGCCGGGAGGAACGCCAUCUCCGCCAAGAUCCGCGGGGAUGUCAAGGGCGGCGGCUCCACCGGUGGCGGCGGCGCCUCCCGCCGGAGGAGCGCGUCCGCCAAGCUGCCCUGAUCGAUCUCGCCUUGGCCACGUACGUUCGUAGACUCGCCACGUCAUCGAGUACGUAUUUGUAUGCGUGUAUGUAUAUACGUUAGCUCUACUUCUGUACGAUUUGCACGACCGAUGUAUUGUACGUGGUGAUCAUCGAGCUUGAUUAAAAUUUUCUUUUACCAUAUGGAUUAUGGAUUAUUGCGGAAUUAAUUUCACCAGAAUACGUAGCUAGAGUUUUUAGUUUUAUAGGCAGAUCAUGUAUCGUGAAAUAUAUUUUUCAUUUUAUUUUGAGGAAAAGACUGCAGGAGAGUCUCCUACCGUGUAUAUCAUGAAUUGUACUUUCA